UGUGUGUGAAAAUAAUGUUUAGAGGUUAGUUAGAUGAAGAAUAACAAAGUGGGUCACAAAUUACCAAAAAUAUUACACAAAAACAAAAUGGGGUUUAUGUGUGUAUAUGAGUUCCAAUCCACUAUCUAUGAAUCUUUUGGAAUAUAUAUAAAUAAUAAGAAUGUGUGAACCUUUGUGAUUUUACUGGGAACGAUCUUUUAUAUGGUAGUUGUUUGAUAUAAAUUAAUCAAAAUAUUGACCUGACACAAAGUUGUCAAGUGUUUGAAUAGUAAUAAUGCAAAACGUUGCUGUUAGAUACGAUGCUGUUAAAUAGACUGUAUUAAAAUUUAAAUAUAUACGUCUAUACUUAAAUAUUAAUUUAUCAAGUAUUAAAAAAAGUAAUCGUUGAAUUUGAGAGUAGUCACAAAACAUUCACAUUUACAGAAAGAUGAGUGACAGUGGUGACAAAUGAAUUAUUUUUGUAAAGGUAAUAAAAUAAAAGCAUUACAAACUAACGGACAUUAAAAAUUUAAAGUUACUGAAAUAUUAGUUUAGACUUAACAUUGCAACGGGUUUAUUAAUACUGUAUUCUAACAGAAAGCUCUCCGAUGCAUACACAUACGGCUUUGUGCGGAUGUGUUUUUGAAAUUACUUAAAAUCAAAUAAGUGUCAGCAAAACACAUGACAAGACCACGUUAUAUGACUGGAUUGUGAAGAUUUGAUACAAAAAAUUUCUUGAAAAUGGCCUCAGAAGAAAAGAAGCCAGAGACUGACAUCAAACCUCCAAUCGCCACCUCGGCUUCUGCCACUCAGAGCAAGUCUGCUCCUGCCAAACCAACCUACAGCCUGAAGUUCACCUUGGCUGGUCACACUAAAGCUGUCUCCUCAGUGAAAUUCAGUCCCAGUGGUGAAUGGUUGGCCAGCUCCUCUGCUGACAAACUCAUUAAAAUCUGGGGUGCUUACGACGGAAAGUUUGAGAAAACCAUUGCUGGACACAAACUGGGCAUCUCAGACGUGUCCUGGUCUUCAGACUCUAACCUCCUGGUUUCUGCAUCAGACGACAAGACUCUGAAGAUCUGGGAUGUCAGCUCGGGGAAGUGUCUGAAAACUCUGAAAGGACACAGUAACUAUGUCUUCUGCUGCAACUUCAACCCUCAGUCCAAUCUCAUCGUUUCAGGAUCAUUUGAUGAGAGUGUGAGGAUAUGGGAUGUCAAAAGUGGGAAAUGUCUGAAGACGCUGCCCGCUCAUUCUGACCCGGUCUCUGCUGUUCACUUCAACAGAGACGGCUCUCUGAUCGUGUCCAGCAGCUACGACGGACUCUGUCGUAUCUGGGACACAGCCUCAGGACAGUGUUUGAAGACACUCAUAGACGACGAUAAUCCACCGGUGUCGUUUGUCAAGUUUUCACCCAACGGUAAAUACAUCCUUGCCGCCACUCUGGACAACACAUUGAAACUGUGGGACUACAGCAAAGGAAAGUGUUUGAAAACCUACACAGGACACAAAAAUGAGAAAUACUGCAUAUUCGCUAACUUCUCGGUCACAGGUGGGAAGUGGAUCAUCUCAGGCUCAGAGGACAACAUGGUUUAUAUCUGGAACCUUCAGACCAAGGAGAUUGUCCAGAAGCUGCAGGGUCACACAGACGUCAUCAUCUCCACAGCCUGUCACCCCACAGAGAACAUCGUCGCUUCUGCAGCUCUGGAGAACGACAAAACCAUCAAGCUGUGGAGGAGUGACUGCUGAAAUUCUGUUCCUUCUUUUUUAUAAAAAAAUGUAUUAUUAUUUUAUUUUGUUUUUUAGACCAUUUCCUCUGCAUUCAAUUUUUAAAGAAGGUUAUUUGUUUGAGCUUUUUCUUGGUCGUCAUCUCCUCUCCAUGCAUGUCAGUAGUUCCCCGACCCCAUUUCCCCCUGCCUCCCACUCCACCACGUCUACACAUUUACAGCUAUUGCUUUAAACAUCUAUUGAUUCAUUUACACUGUGAUUCCUGAAAACAGAUAUUCUCACCAAAAUGGAAUAAAAUCACACAUUUUUUCCUACUGUGGUAAAAAAAAAAAAAA